CGAAUCGCUCUUUAGUCAAGCGAAGAACGCGUUUCGAUAUGGGCACGGAUGAGACAAAGGCCGGACCCUCGAGUCCGGGAAAGUACCUCGAUGAGGUCGACUUUACCAGCGGCUACGAGACCCAAUACCAGAAGGAGUACAGCCCACUAAAACCGAUCUUCGUACCACCGCCGGAUGCAAAACACGCCUGGUUCCGCAACUGGUCCACCAUCCUGAUGAUCGUCUUCCUUUCCCUGGUCUUUUUCAUUGGAACUGUGAUGCUGGUGGUCCAAGUUUUCACCACCAGUCCCCUGCAGAUCGCGAUAAUUGUGGCUGCAUAUUUGGCUAUUGCCGCCCUUAUGAUCUGGCUGGAGGUUCAGUCCCGAAAAGUUCGGUGAAAUCAAAAAUAUUGUGACUAAUUGGCUGCGCUAUCGCCUAAAAAUGCCGUUCUAUUUUUCAACGGCGGCAAUCGAACUGUGUUGUGCAAACAAAUUGAAGCUUAACUAAAAAACUAAACGUCUUUACUGAUUAAGCGAAUUAAAACGAAUUAAAAAACCAUAAUUUAAAAUAGGUUUAAAGUAAAGAAAAAUAUCCAGAAAAUCCAUGUGUUUCAUUCUUGACUAGACUGUGCUUAUAAUAUUCCGUGACAACCCAUAAAUUAACGUAAUCUAGAGAGCAAAAAAGUUGGCCCGAUAAAGGGCUUUGUGCCAUUGAAGUGGCCAGAGAGAUAAGCAAACAAAAGUUAAUGGAACAACAAUGAAUUACUUGCAACAGUUUGAGCCAUUUAACUGCAGAAUAAACACGCAUUUUAUAUGACAUUGACGUGGAAAUAAAUUCAUUAUUCAUCAAACAGAUUAACAAAGCAUGGCAAAUACAAUAAAUGCUUACCAAUUAACUAUUUAAACGAAGUACGGUAAUUCGAAUUUAAUUACUAGGUGUUCAGUAAUGGAUAGUGCUAAUUGUAUUAGAGUAAAGCAAAACUUUAUUUGUUAGAAGUGAAUAAAAAUUCAGAAUAUUUUGA